CUCUCUUUCUUGUUUUUGUCCCCAAGUUCCUGAUAUAUGGCCUCUUCCAAAAAGAUUUACCAUGUGUUCCUUAGUUUUAGAGGCACAGACGUCCGCAACAAUUUCCUUAGUCAUCUCUCCGCGGCUCUGGAUCAGAAAGGGAUACACACUUUUGUGGAUGACGAGGAGCUCAGGAAAGGAGAGCAAAUAUCGCCGACUCUUAUUGGGGCGAUCGAGGAAUCGCGCAUCGCGAUCAUCAUUUUCUCCGAGGACUACGCUUCCUCGCGGUGGUGUUUGGAAGAGCUGGCAACGAUCAUGGAAUGCAAGGCACAGAAGGAGCUGAUUGUGUUGCCGGUGUUUUACAAAGUGGAACCAAGAGAAGUGAGAAGGGCUUAUAAGAGAGCUAUGGCUAAGCAUGAGACCAAGUUCGGGAAGGAUUCGAAAACAGUGAAGAGAUGGAAGAAGGCUCUCUUCGACGCGGGUAGCUUGUCUGGGUGGCAUAUUAACGAUGAAGAUGAAGCGGAGCUCAUACAAGGCAUUGUAAAGGAUGUAUCAAGUCGUCUAGAGCGAAGACCCUUACAUGUUGCUGAUCAUCCGGUCGGAAUAGAUUCCCGAGUUCAAGAAGUGAUAUCAUUGUCGCAAAAAGAGUCGGAUGAUGAUGAUGUUCUCAUGAUAGGUAUAUGGGGACUUGGAGGCAUAGGGAAGACGACGAUUGCUAAAGCGAUAUAUAAUGCUAUUGAGAGCCAGUUUCAGGGAUCUAGUUUUUUGGCGCAAGUUAAAGAAACUUCAAACAAAAGCAGUGGUCUAGUUGGUUUGCAAGAAACACUUCUAUCCGAGAUCUUAUCUCCUAGACAUCUAACGGUCAAUAGUGUCGAUGGAGGAAUUAGUUUGAUAAGGGAAAGACUUUGUCACAAGAAGGUUCUCCUAGUUCUUGAUGAUGUUGACGAAUUGGAUCAACUGAAGGCAUUAGCUGGAGGAGGCGAUUGGUUUGGAAAAGGAAGUAGAAUCUUUGUAACAUCGAGGGAUAAACAUUUGCUAAAUUCUCAUGACAUAAAGUGUGUGCAUGAAGUUAAAGCUUUAGACAACGAUGAGGCACUAGACCUUUUUGUUUGGCAUGCCUUUAAAAACAGCAAAAAACCUGAAAUAAGAAAGGAUCUCAUAGAUGGAGCACUACAUUAUGCUAGCGGCCUUCCAUUAGCCCUCGAAGUGUUGGGCUCAUUAUUAUAUGGAAGAAACGAACCAGCAUGGGAAAGUGCACUGCGUAAACUUUCCAGGAGUCUCGACAAAGGUAUCAAUCGAGUUUUGAAGAUAAGCGUCGAUGGAUUGGAUGACAAUGAGAGGGAGAUUUUCCUCGACAUUGCUUGUUUCUUUAAGGGAAAAAGAAUAGAAUACAUCAAGGAAGUUCUCGAUGGCUUGGAGAGAGAGACAACUACAGGAAUAGAUAUUCUCAUCGAGAGGUCCUUGAUAAGAAAUGAGUAUGGGACCCUGCAAAUGCAUGAUUUGGUUCAGUUGAUGGGGAAGAAUAUUGUUAAGCAGGAAUGUCCCAAUAAUCCUGGGAAACGCAGUAGAUUAUGGCUUUUUGAAGAUGUUCGGGACAUUCUAUGGGAAGAUACGGGAACGGAUGCAGUACAGGCAAUAGUAUUGGACCUGCCCACACCAGAAGAGAGAAGUUUGAGUCUUGAAGAGAUAACCAUAAAGGUGGAUGCUUUUAGAAACAUGAAAAUGUUGAAAAUGCUCAUUCUGCCUAAAGUGCAUAUCUCUUCGGAAGGUCCCGUCCGUCUCCCCAAUAAUCUGAGAUGGCUUGAAUGGCCCAAUGCCCCAUUACUAGAAUUUGGCUCUAAACUUAUUGGAAUUGAUGUCCCAAAAAGUCAUAUCAGAGAUUUAGAAGGCAAAAUUAAGCUUUCUAGAAAUUUGAAGUACAUCGAUUUCAGUCAAUGCAAGUCGCUGAUCUCUACGAGAAUUCCCAGAUUUGUCGAGUCUCUCCUCCGACUGCUGUUCGGUUGAAUUGUCAUCAUGCCGUAAAUUAUUCCGCGAAGGGGCAAAUAUGGCUCAUGCGGUAUCGCUCGAGGGGCUCCGGAAGAUGAAAAAAGUUUACAUUCGCCUAAUUGGGAAAGAGAUGCCAGAAUGGUUCUUUCCCGGUGAAGACAGUUCCAUUGCUUUCACGGUUCCCCGGGACUUGUAUGACAAGUUCUU